GUAGGCAACCCACAGUACACCAGACCAUGUGCUUUUGUAUCAACCGCACAAUUCACAGUAAACAACUGUUUCAAAUCACACUUUUUUUCUGAUAAUUCUAAUAAUCGUACGCAAUGGAAGUGAAAAUUGACGAUUUAGUGCUACCUGGUGAUAUAUUUACUCCCAACAAGCCCCCGAAGAACGUAAUCGUCCUUGGACCCGGUUUAAGGAGGUUCGAGGAAACCAACGAACUUCUGAUAACAAAGUCCGGUUUCCUCAAACAUAAACAACCCAGCAUCUACUGGAUCGACUGCAACCAAAGCAAGUACAUUCCCAAGAGAGGCGACUUCGUCGUUGGUAUUGUCUCCCGCAAAGCGGGCGAAAUCUUCAAAGUGGACAUUGGUUCAGCUGAACAAGCAUCACUCUCAGUAUAUGCCUUUGAAGGAGCCACCAAGAGACAGAAACCUGACAUUCGCAUUGGCGAUGCGGUCUUUGCAAGGGUUCUCAGCGCGCGUAAGGAGAUGGAGCCGGACCUCGUGUGUGUCGACAGACAAAUGAAAUCGCGAAGCGUCGGCAAAUUGCCGGCGGGUGGUUUAAUUGUAACAAUACCGAUGAGUUUAGCAUAUCGGUUGCUCUCCGGCGAAAACGAGCUGCUGCAGACGAUGGGCAAGAAGAACGCCUUUGAGGUGGCGAUCGGCGUCAACGGGCGAAUAUGGAUCAACGCGCGGACGCCCAGCCUGGUGCUGCGGAUCAUGAAUGCGCUUGCCAGCGUUGACGGGCAGUCAAACAAGUCUAUAAAUGAUUUAUGUAGGCGACAAAAAUGACGUAACAUGAUACUACCAUAGCUAAUAAACGAUAUCACGUUAUA